GAUGCAGGGUACGGUUCAUCGUCGCCUGGUAGAGGAAAGGCUGGGAGAGCUCAAGACAGGAGCUGUGUUACUACUCAAACAAGUUGGUGUAUUUUCACCAUCACACCGAAAUCACUACCUGAACGUCACACCCAAUAACCUUCUCAGGAUAUACCCACCUGAUGGGGUCUUCCAUAACUCCCAGCCAUCCCACCCUCCACUAGAGCUUGCAUUGCAUAGUGAACCCACAAGGCCUGCAGGGGGCCCGGUCUCUCAGAUGGAGCUCCAGUUUGAUGAUGAAGAUGACAGUGAAAAUGCUUUUGAAGAAAAUCGGGCUGCUGAUGGUUUAGACACUGCAGCUGUCUCUAAUGAGCUCUGUCAAGCACCUACAGUGUCCGGACCAACAGGAGACACAG